AUGUUGGCAAAAACUUAUCAUAAAGGUGUUAUUUUGCACGCGGGUAUAAAGCUUCGCCCAAUAAGACGAAAAGUUCAAAUCCGAGAACAAAGGGAACCUAGAAAGCGAGACUUGUACAUGGCUUUUGCAGAUGAAAAUUGGGAUAAUGAUUUCCGUAGUAGUGAUGUAGAUCAAGCUGUGUUUGAGGUUGAGAAAAUUAUUCAUGGGCAUUUAGAUAGGUGUAUGCCCAUAAAACCUCACGAGACCCGGUCUGGAUGACUCUUUUAGUGAAGUCUAUGCUCAGAGUGAAAUCACGGAUAUCAAAUGGUAAUGAAGAUAGGUUUAAAGCCAUAAAUAAGCGGAUUUCAACACUUAUAAACCAGAACAGAAGGAGUUCUUUGGAGAAUAUCGGUACACGGGAAUGGUGGAGAACAGCGGACAGCAUAUCGCACCACCGUCGGAUGAUGGAUACUUGUUAAUUUCGACCAUAAUUCACUCUGCGAAUUAAACAAUUACUUUGGAGAACUAUGUACAGAUGAAACUUACGUGGAACCGGAGCUUUUGGAGAUUGGUGAUUAUACAGAAAUUCCAACUAUUAGGACCAAACUAGGACCAGAUUCAAUACCUUAUACUGUUUGGAAGGAUCAUGCUGAACUAUUAACACCAGUGUUGACGAAUGUGUGGAAUUUAUCACUGGAAACUCAUACUUGGCCUAGAACAUGGAAGAGAUCUAACAUUGAUCCACUACCAAAAGUCGAGGUUCUAAAUGAGAAUAAUGAUUAUCGUGGUAUAAAUAUAACAUCUAUUAUAGCUAGAGCAUUUGAAAAAAACUAUUCUGAGUGUGCAUGCCAAGAAAAGUUUCGAACAACACUUAAAUGCUUCUCAGUUUGCGUAUAGAAAAGGUGGUAGCUGCACGGAUACUUUGCUAGCUGUACAACAUAAGGCUAAUCAGUAUCUUGAUAAUCCAGAAUGUAAGGCUGUUCGUCUCUUUGCAAUGGAUUUUAGCAAGGCGUUUGACAACGUAAAACAUGAUUUGCUAUCGGCCAAAUUAAGACAAGUUGGUCUUAAUCCAUACAUAUUUAAUUGGUAUAUCAGCUUCCUUAAGGAUAGACAACAGAGAGUUGUAAAGAAUGAUUUCAUUAGAGACUGGAAACAUGCUAAUAAAGGAACAACUCUGGGUAGUGUGAGUGGUCCACACUUAUUUAACAUCUUUUUAAAUGAUUUUGAGAUUCAAUUGGUAACAACGCGUGACUUAUUUAAAUAUGCAGAUUAUGUUAAUAUUAUUUCUCCUGUCUGGAAGGAAGUAGAUCAUUCGGGUGAGAUGGUGAAACAGUUUUUGAUUUUUUCCAGUCGUAAUUGUAUGCAAAGGAAUCCAAAGAAAUGCAAAGAACUUGUUAUUCAAAAAAAGGUAUUACUGAAUUGUUUCCCUUAGUGUUGGGAAUUCCGCAAGAGCCGCUACUUGUGAGUUUAGGAGUCACACUUCAGGAGGAUGGCGGGAUUACUACACAUGUGUAUAAAAAUUUGAAAAAGUCCAACAAGUGCCUUUUCAUUCUUAGAACCUUACGUAAAGAAGGCUAUAACCAGACAGAGAUCGAUCACCUGUUCACUAGUUUAGUCCUUCCAAACAUAACAUAUGCUAUUUCGGUGUAUGGAGCAUCCAAACCCGAACUUGCAACAGUUCAGUGCUUCCUGGAAAGAUGCCACAAACGCAAAUAUAUUUCAAAGAAAAUUGAUGUGCAUGAACUAUUAGAAAAGCAAGAUAGAAAAAACAUUCAGCAAGGUGGCACAACUUGAACAACAUCCUUUAAGAAGACUAAAUGCGAACUAAUAAAUAGAUCCAGUUAUACACCAAAGAUAAAUAGAGACCGUUUUAAUUAUAAAUUCUUAUAUUAACCGCCUUGUUUUUAAAUAUAAUCUCCAAGCCGACGGCGCGAAGCGCCGUGAGAAGGUAUUAAUCCCCCCGGCUAUUUACACCGAGGGAAACGAAAGCAUUAGCGAAGUCUAAAGUUCAUCAAUGAUCGAGGACGUGGCUCACCAACGAUGGGUGGUCAUCCUCAUUGAUCUAUAAAAUAUGGCGGACUGUCAUGAAUUGCGAAAAACAGAUGGGACAAAUUUAAAAUUUGCCUUAUAAUGACUGCAUGACGACAGCGAAAUAGCAAACGUUUCUUGAUUUGAAGAUUGAUAAAUUUCUUGCAAAUAUAUUUCAUUUUUGCUCGCAUUUUUGCAAGAUUUUGUAAAUUUCAAAAGCUUUCUCAGAAAGAAACUGCGAAAGAAUCGGCUAAAAGAAGGGAGCCGACGUUAACGAAGGUAAGUUUGUUUUAAAUAUUGAUUUUAUAAUUGCUUUAAAACCCGACGGAUUUUGCGUAUAUGAAACAACUAAACAAGACAACAUAUAAUUUCAGUGUAUCUUUAAUAUUUAUUCCCUUUUUUAUUAUGUGACCGGGACAUAAUAGAUUCGUGAAAACUGUUUAUAAUUUUCUCUUAUUUUGAACAUGUACCCCAAAAUACGAGGGCGACGGUUACAAGCUAUAAAAGUUAAUGCAAUAUAACUAAGUAAACAAAAUAUUAAAAUACACACUUCCUGUAUCCUACAAUAAACAUUCCGAUUUAUCAAAUACAAAGUAAUAUAUCUCCCAAAAGUUGAUGAAACCAUAAAUAUAUCCGUCUAUAAUGUCAAACUUAAGACAAAUCAUGCACCGUUCUAAAGAACUAUUUACAUAAAUUACUCAAAAUGACCAUACUUCAACAGCUAUUACGAUUAAUAUAUUCAUGCGUAUAUUUUUAUACCUUUAACAUGAUUAUAAGACAGCAAUACUUCUAUAAUUACUGGAUAAUAACGUUAACUUACCGGGCAACUGCCCGAGAAUGUUAAUUCCCUUUUACUGUUGUUCUUUUCUUCGAUAUAAAUGUUUCUUUGACGAUAAAAUACUGAAUAAUAUCUUUUGAAAAUUGAAAUAGCUUUUAUAUUUGUUCAACUGCAUUUUGCAGCAUGGCGUGUUCAUGACGUCACAGGAAGUGAUCAUAACAGGAAGUUAACUAACAACAACUAUUAAGGUGUCUCUGAGUCUCUCUACAGUUUAUUCAACCUGGCCACACUCUCCCCUGCUAACAAGGUGUCGUCCUCGACCUAACUAUAUAACUGCAGAGAUCACGGAAAUGCCAGUUAUAAGCACACAUAUAACUAGGACAUAAACAUUAAAGUCUCGAUACGAUACCAUCAGUUGAUUGCAUGUUGGAUUUGAUUUGCUUUGAUGAGUGUUCUGUCUUUUCGCCGCUAUCCGUUUCGAUCUUCGGAGUGUUGUUGCUGGAUCAUUGUCUGGAGUUGCUUGAAUUUGUUCGCCUUUGGAAGUGGAUAUGUGAUGCUUUCUGGGUGACGAAGGGGUAUUAACGAGCAACAUAAACUCCGAUUCGGUGUCAGUUGAGGACGUAUCUUCAUGAAUGGCUCGGUUGGGAACGCAUUUAAUCGUCAUUGGUUGUAUCGGUUGAGGAGGGUCACUCUUCAUGGGGCAUGGUUGUAGUUCAACACGACUGACCUUCUUUGGGGCACCUCGACCACUAUAGGGUACGACAGUAUAUGGUCCACCGUCUUUGGUCGGUACUUCAGUCACGGUAAACAUGGUAGGUUCCCAUGCAUCUUGGAUCUUGUUUCGCCCCAAAACUCUUUUUCGUAGGUACACUAACUCCCCAACUUUGAUAUCUGACGCAUACACCUUUGAAUCGUUUCUUUGCUUUCUCUUCUCUGCUGACUCGCGUAUAUGCUCCCCUGCUUUUUCCCAAGCGUACCGUAGGCGGAUUUGAUGUUUAGUAAGCCACUCAUUCGCAGACUGUUUCUGAGGUUCAUCUUCUUCUUGUCCGAGGAGUAUGUCAACUGGUAACCUUGGUGAUCUCCCGAAAAGAAGAUGAUAUGGGCUGUAACCGGUUGUACCAUGCGGGGUACAGUUGUAGGCAUACAGUAACUCAGGAAGGUACUCGGUCCAUCGACGUUUCUUUUGAGGAGGCAAGCUCUUAAGCAAAUCAUGAAGUGUGCGGUUAAACCUUUCACAUUGUGCGUUGCCUUGUGGGUGGUAAGGUGUUGUGCGGCUCUUCUUUACACCAUAAAUUCGACACAGUUCCUGAAUGAUUGCACUCUCGAAAUUCCUGCCUUGGUCCGAAUGGAUCCGUUCAGGUGUGCCGUACUUUUGAAACCAUUCCUUGAUAGAUAGUUUAAUAAAACAUUUACAUUGCAGCCAAAGGCUGAAUUACGUAAAGUUUACAAAAUACGAAUUAUUAUUUAAUUACUAUUAUAAUUAUUAAGUUAAAAUUAUGCAAAUAUUUAAAAUUUUACUAGGAUGAUAAUAAAAAAGAUACCACUAACGUUAUGAAGACAUCUUCGAUGCCAUCGCAAAUAUAAAAGAGUUUUUAGUACGAUUAGUAUUAAAAUGAGGAAUGUCAAAUUGAUGACCAUUUCUGAGAUCGUGGUGCCAGUUAUGUUUCUGUGGGAGGAGGUCAUAAAGUUUGUGGUUUGAAUCCUUUGUAACAUUAUCAAACAAAUUACUGCAUAAGAAAUUAUGGUGUUCUUCUAUUGGUUUGAUGUUCAAAAUUUCUCCUGUUGCAGAGUAGUCCAUUCCUGGAUUUAUUGUUGAAAUAGCCCUUUUUUCCAGUCGAAUAAAUUCGUUCUUUAAGUAUUGUGGAAGGGAGUGAUAAAAAGCUGGUACUGCGUAAUCCAUGACAGAUCUAACGCAAGACGUAUAGAAUAACACAAGAUCUUUAACUGGUAACCUAGCUCUUUUUAAUUGAACCAGGUAAUAUAGUCUUUUACUGGCUUUUUUGACGACCUCUUUUAUAUGGGCAUGCCAAGUUAGAUUGUUACUUAUUGUUACUCCCAAUAAUUUAGCACUUUCGACUAUUUCGACUUCUUUACCAUUGAGUAUGACUUGAUCUAGAACAACUGGGUCCUUACUAAAAGAAAUUCUCAAUUCUUUACAUUUGUCUGGAUGUAGCUUUAAUCUAUUUUCUUCUGACCAUUGCUUAAUAUAAUCUGCUAUGUUUUGGGCUGUACUAACAUUGCCUUUGGGAAGAAUUUCCGAUGCUGUGGUAUCAUCCACGAACUUCCACAUGUAUGGGGAAUUAAUAUUCAGGUCUUGGAUCAUUAAAAUAAAUAACCAUGGACCUAGCUUUGUACCUUGCGGUACACCAGACGGAACAAGGCCCCACUCAGAAAAACAGCUAUCGGCCAAUUUUACUCUCUUCGUUCUAUGAGAAAGAAAAUCUAUUAUCCAGUUAAUUAUACUUCUAGGUAUGUUCAAAUUACCCAGUUUCUUUACAAGAAUUGUAUGGUCGAUAAAAUCGAAUGCCUUGCGAUAAUCAAACAAUAUUGUCCUUAUUGUUGCCCCAUUCCCGUCAGUGUUUAUAAACCAGUGAUGCAGCAUACUAAUUAACGCCAUAGUGGUUGACGAGUUUGGAAUCACUCCAUAUUGACUAGCAUCGAUUAUGUCUAGAAUUGCCGGUUUAACAUAAUCCUCAACAAUGAAUUCCUCUGCCACCUUAGAGAUGCAGGGGGUCAGGGAAAUAGGCCUGAGAUCUUUUUCCAAUAUAGUCACUGGUUUUUUUUUUGGUAACGGCGAAACAUUAGCUUUCGUCCAGAUGGUAGGCAGCUGCUGUUCGUAAUAGGAAGCAUUGAUAAUUUUCAUGACAGGAAGGGCCAAAAGAUAAGAAUAUUCUUUAAAAAUCCAGUUUGGUAGAUUGUCUGGUCCAGGCGCCUUGUGAGGAUUUAAUUUCUCUAGAACUUUUUGAACACGUUCUUCAGUAACUUCCAAAAAUUUUGGUGGGUCUUCUAACGGAAGAUGUUCGAGGGGUUCUGAUAUUCUGUAUUCGGCCAAGGGUGCAAGAAAGGCAGUAUUAAUGGUAUUAGCUUGUUCAUGUGGAGGGAGGUUCGUAAAUCCUUCGACAUUAAUUUGAUGGGAUAAAUUUGUGCCUGCCGACUUUAUUCCACUUAACCGCUUAACCUCAUCCCACCACUUCCUUGGGACUUCUCCUUUAAGUUGUUCAAUGUUGGAUUCGUAGUAUUUUGCCCUGCAGACUUUUCUUUCUCUGUUGACACAGUUUCGGUAAUAUUUAAAUUGGGGGGAAUGCACACCGUGCGCAUUGAAAGCUUUUUGCCUCUUAAAAAUUAGGGAUUUAAGCUUCUGGUUCAUCCAUGGAGAGUCAGCUGGGUGAAUACGAAUUUGUUUUUCUGGCAUUAUGGUGUCUAGUCCAGAAUGAACUACUUCUUGGAAGACUGUCCACAUAUUUUCGCAAGUAUCCAAAGGACUGAGCAUUAAGGUCCAAUCAAUUGAACUUAAGUAUCUUCCCAUUUCUAAUUUACGACUUUUCCGCUGGUCACGUAUUGUUAUCGAUUUUUUAGUAUUAUUCUUCUGCACUGCAAUUUUCCCUGUAGCUACUAUUGUAUUAUGAUCGGACAGCCCAAAACCUGGAUAACCUUGAGGUGGGUUAUAAAACUUGUGCAUAUUAGUUAAAAUGAGAUCUAGCGUAGCAUCGUUUCGAGUAGGUAUCUUUACAAUUUGCUUGAGACGAAAGUGAUUUAGCAACCGGGUAACGUUAAGACGAUUAAAAUCGCCAGUUAUACUGACCAGCACUUUGGCAACUGUGGAUGCUUUUUGAUCUUUCGUGGGUACUGCUAACGAAAACUUAGUGUCUAAUGUUAAAAAUGUGCUAAUGAAAAACGUCAGUCAUUACCAGUACAUUUUCUUUUCCAUCACUCGAACGUUCCAACAACGUAAAGUCAAUGGCAAGAACUGACAGGGGUUGUUCGGUAAUAAGGUGCCCCAUUGGUGUUCGAAUACGCGGUUGUGGCAUCUUGGACAAAACACAUCGUUCACAUGACUUGAUCCAUUUCUCGACAUCUGUGUACAUACCUGGCCAGUAGCAUCGAGAUCUAGCUAGAAGAAUAGUUCUCUCUAAGCCCUGAUGUCCCAUGUCGUUGUGAAGACUGCGAAUUAUUCUCUCCUUUAGAAUCUCAGGUAGCACCAACUGUUGUACCUCCUGCUGUUGUGGAUCAAUAAUCGUUCGGUACAAUACUCCGUCCUUCAGUUCUAACCGUUUCCAUUGCUGUAACAAGACACGGGUACCAAUAGUGAGAUCUUUCUUCUCCUUUGCAUCGGGUUUCCUGCCAACUGUCCAAAAUUUCAGGAAUGAGCUUAUCGUUGGAUCACUUUGUUGCAUCUGCAUUAACUCGGACUUGGAGUAACUUGGAAAUGACUUCGUUCCUGACUUAGGUACGUUAUGUUCUGUGUUGAUAGCGUUGUUUGCUAUAUACGUUUGUUGAGGACCUUCAAGGGUUAUGUUUGCACUUUUUUCCAAAGUGGCAGUAGCUAGGUGGGGUGGAAAGGCUGUUGUAUUGGAGGAAUGAGCCAAGGUAUUCGUUACUUCCACCACCGACGAAAGUUUGUCUGGGCAAUCAUGGUGAGGGAGGCGCGGCAAUGCGUCUGCAUUAGCAUUUGAUUUUCCCGAGCGAUAAACAAUGUCAAACUUGAAAGAUGCCAACUGCGAAGCCCAUCGUUGUUCUACUGCUCCAAGUUUUGCCGUUUGAAGAUAUUUCAGGGGAUUAUUGUCAGUAUAAACGGUGAAGUUGCUUCCUAACAGAUAACUGCGGAACUU